AUGGAACAAAGUCAAAAACUUGUUCAAGUUAUUGAAAAGGGUAACACGGAUAGAAAUGAACAUCAUAGAAGAAAGGCUGAUGAUACAAUUUUAUUUACGGAUUUGGAUUCUAUAUCUGAUCUAGAGUUUUGUCACUACAUUCAAAAUGAAAAAGAAGAAUUUACAGAGAAAGAGCACAAACAUCCGAACAUGGUGAACAAGAAGAAUGAUUUCAAUAUCAGGGAUCUCAAUAUUGAGCAUCUCAGUAUCAAGGAGAAAGAGCUCAAGAUGAAAACCAACCAUCUCAUGAUCAAGGGCAAAGAUCUGAAAAUGCCCCACAACAAGAUUAUAAUUUAUGUUAUUGCUUUCGGUUUGAUGUUUGGUGGGUUUGAUUUUAACUUUUAA